GUCCUUUGAACGUACGGGACGCGGUGGAGAGACGCGCAGGGUUUGUCAGAAAUGCAAGGAUCCGGGACAGUGAUGCUACGGGCUAGACUACGAGGUCUAAGAGCAAAGAUUAAGGGAAGCCGGUAUCUUUUGCCGAUCGCUGCUGUAGUGUUCACCAUUUCGGAUCUGCUGCUCUUCCACUCGGGGCUUUUCUCCGGCUUCUUCCGCAGGCGAUCAGUCCGUGAAAGUGAUGACGUCGACAGUUACCUCAUCAACACCCCGGGAUGCGUCAUACAAAAUUUCGAUGUCCUCAGCCCAGAGCUUACGAAAUUCGUCAAGGGUUACCCAAAGAGUUUCCAAUGCGGCGACAAGCGUGACCUGACCGAGAGCGCUGGUCUGAUGCUGUUCUUGUACCAGGACCGAGCGGCCGACUACGGCCUGGCGCCCUCGGACAUCGAAUGCAACUAUAAAAAAGUCAUCCCGAGGACAGAUAAGGAGGGAUUCAUCAAUGUGAGGAGCACGUGA